UCCUUCCUUGUCGGCUGUUUGCUAGAUAACCACCACGCGUCCACGCCUACCACCGAGCACCGACCGAAUCCGCUGUUCCCCCCUUUCCGCUCUUCAGCGCCGCCGUCGCGGGGAGAAGCAGAUCUGCUGCCUUCGCCCGUCGAGCACACGAGGACCUUGGAACCGUGGCGACCAUGACCAACGAAGAAAUGGGGUCACCGGGUUCAGCACCAGGGCUUGCUCAGGAUGCUCCGACGAUCAUCAGAAUUCCCUUGAGAGCCAUACUUGACAUCGUGCUAGCAGAGCUGGGAAUCCCAGAGGCCGAAUACCGUCGCGAGAUAUGCGACGAUAACAAGAUCUGCGUCACCGUGCUUUUCGACGCCUCUACAAUCAAAGGAGCCCCCGCCCAUAUGUCGAUAUCCGGAACAUAUUCCACGGACGAUGAAGUGGCAGAGGACACAGCUGCUCUUAAAGCCAUUGAGUACUUAGAAACUGCGGCCAAUGUGGUGAUCAGGGACUACAGUUACGACAAGCUGAAACGGCUCGAGGAAGAAACCGAGCGCCUGAUGGAGCAGUUGGAAGAAGCAAAUGGUGCCAUACCCAAGCUUGUUAGGGGCUGGCUGCUUGCUGUCAGAUGUAUGAGUUCAUUCUCUCAUAGUCUUAAGCUACUCCUGGGCAAAGUAUCAUGGAUGAGAUUAUGAAUGUGGCUAUUCUCGGUAUCGAAAAAGUGGCUCGUUGACUAAGGUCUGUAGUGAAGUGGCUCAUUGACUAAGGUAGAGAACUUCCGGAGAAGAUCAAAAGCUGCUCUUAGGAAAGGACCCGUUGUAUCAGGAAUUCUAAGCCAUAUGUAAAUUAUUGUACUGUAAGCAAUCGUACUAAAUUAUUGUAAUGUAAGCAAUCGUACUAAAAUGUAGUAAGUGAUCGUACUAAGUGAUUGUACUAAAACUGCCAUUUUGCUUACCAAGUGGUGUUUUCCUUGCACCCCCA